AAAAGACAAAUUAAACCCUGAGUCCAAUUCACAAAAUCCCUUCUGGGUUCUUCGAAUCUUGUCUUUUUAUUCACCCUUCCUCCCUAACGCGAUUUGAAGGAUCGACUGCGUAGAUUUUCUGUCGCUCAGAAUCCAGACUUAGGGUUUUUCUCCACAGACCAUUCAAAAUCGUGCUUCCCAUCGUCUUCGCCGUUGUCCGCUGUUUUCACCUCCGGUUCUCUUAACCUUUCAGUGCUCGGGUACUCGAAUUUGCAAAUCUAGUCAAAAGCAGGAGAAGUGAAAUUCAAUGGAGGAGGAUUGGGAGCAAGAAGCUAUUCCAGAUCUUACUUCAAAAGAACCAGUUAAAAUUAAAUCCAACUGGGAGGACGAAGAUGUGGAUGAGAAUGAUGUGAAAGAUUCUUGGGAAGAUGAAGAUGAGCCUGCCGUGGUAAGCUCCUUUUCUUUCUUUUUCUUAUUAUUGUAAUUAAUUCAGGCAAAUGUUGAAAUUUGUUAAUUUGAACAAUGAAAAGGUAGAAAUAAGUUUUUAUUAUUGAGAUGAACCAUGGGUUCUCUUUUUUUGGGGUGGGGGGGGGGGGGGGGCAUAUGUUUUUCUUUCCCCGCUUUAGUUCUUAUUUGACUGUUGGUAGUUUGAUACAUAUUUCUGGUUCCAUCUUUCCUGGCAUGUGCAUUCUGCAUUGUGCUUUGGAGCUGAAUAUCAUGGAAGUUAAACUGCAAUGCCUUCCAAAAUACUGCUGAUUUUUAGUGCUUGGUCUCUUUUAUUUAGCAUAUCUACCAUGUGUAGACUCUGCUUUUUGUGCUGUAACAGUUAAAUAGCCUUAACUUAGUGAGGUGUAUGCUCGCUGUAAAUUUUGGAGGAAAAAGAAAAUGCAUCUUUGGUUCAAAGGUUUGUUGAAGAUAACAUAUUGGUUCUUUUACGGGUAUAAAUAUCCUGCCUUCUACCGGACACGCUGAGAGCUUUUUAUCCUGGGACGUAUCAUGGGGAAAUUGUGUCGUAUGUUAUGUUAGGGUCAUUGAGUAGGUUUGUGAAAUAAACUGCUUUUCCCUUUAAAUGGUAUAGAUUAUGAGGAAAAGGCUGUUCUAGAUUAUUCUUAGUGUACUAUAUGUGAGAAUCUGAAUGAUUUUGCGCAGAGAGAACUUAAGCUUUAUUGAGGUUUUGGGGGCUCAGACCCGUGUGGCUACUGCAGCUUUAUAUAUUGGCAUGCUAUUUCAUUGCUUGAAUGCCCUUUUAAUGGGGUUUUUCUCUUAUGCUUUUGUUUUUUUUGCAUUGGUGUUUGAAUUUCUUGUUAUGUCAUCAGGCACCGAAAGAGGAACCUCCGGCUGCAAAGGCUACCAAGAAAUCCACCACAAAAGCAACUGAAAAAGAAAAAAAGGGAAAAGCUGUUGAAAUUGCCGAGGAGAAACUAGAUCCCGUGGAGGAAAAAUUUCGUCAGCAAAGGCUAGUAGAAGAAGCUGAUUAUAAGUCCACGAAGGAGUUAUUUGGGAAGAGCGGUGAUGAGAAGAAUCUUGACACAUUUAUUCCAAAGUCCGAAAGUGACUUUUUAGAAUACGCUGAACUUGUUUCCCACAAGCUGCGGCCUUUCGAGAAAAGCUUUCAUUAUCUUGGUUUGCUUAAAGCUGUGAUGAGAUUGUCAAUGGUCUCAUUGAAAGGGGCAGAUGCCAAGGACGUAGCAUCUUCUAUCACAGCAAUCGCAAAUGAAAAAAUAAAGGCAGAAAAGGAAGCAAAUGCUGGGAAAAAGAAGACAGUUGGAAAAAAGAAGCAGCUCCAUGUUGAUAAAGCUGAAGAUGCUGUGGUUGAGAGAUAUGAUGAUCCCUAUGAUGAUUAUGAUUUUAUGUGAGAAAAUGUCUUGGCAUAUCGUUUUUAUUUGGGCCGAUUGUGUUUAUUUAGGCCUCGACUUUAUAUUUACAGGGAAGUGUAGGAUCUUUUGGACUCGAAAAGUUGAGGAUGAUCCUGCGGCCUAUUUUUGCUCCCGAUUCUGGAGUCCGGUAGAGUGUGUCAUAUGUUGUCUACUGAAUAAAAACGAUUUUAUUACAAUUUCUAAGAGCACUUUUUUUUAUUGUUGAUCUUUUCUUCACCCAUCUGCUGAGGUUUUUCUGAACAUGUUGCGAUGAAUCCUUUGUGAACAUGGUGGGAAGUUGAUAGUUGGUA